AUGGGGACCACGAAGGCAUCCGGCCCUGCUGACAUCAGCGCAUGCGGCGCUGAGGGCGAAGGCCGAGGCAUCACCACGACCCUCUGCGCCUCCUUCGAGCUCCCGCUACGGUUGCAGUCGACCGACGGUGUGGCGGUCGCCGUGGCACCAUCCGAGGAUGCCGCUUUUCUUCGACACAUACUCCGCGACAAGACUGACUGGCCGGCGGCCCAGAAACACCGUGAGCAGCUUAACGCUGUGAUGCCUGAGAUGGAUGUAGUGGGGUGCUACGUCGUGUGUGCCGGCUCACGGUGGACGAGCACGCGGCACCAGAGAGGUGGUGAUGACAGAGACGGCUGCCGGCUGUCGGUCGGAGGUGCUGUCAAGAAGGCCAAGGGCGAGGCAAGUGCGGGUGCGGACAGUAUUGCGGCGAUAGCUAACUGUGUCCAGCAGCAGCUGCGCAGCGCCUCAAUUUUGCCUUCGACGGCUACGGGGUUUGUUUUACUGGUAGUCUACGACAAGGAAGUGACGAGCGCUGCAGGUGAAACGGGCAUCGCCGCACCCAAUCCGCAGCAGUCCCCCGCGGCGGCGCGGCUGCCUUUUGACUGCCUCUACGUUCCGGCCACCACCGCCAGCGACGCAUGGCCAACGGAAGAGGUGGCGGUGGGCCCUUCGGAUAUGGAGUGGAUUGCCUUGGCGAACGAGACCGUGAUGCCAGCACACCAUCAGAGCUCGACAACCACGUCCUCUGCCGCCGCGAAGCCAGGCCUCUUGCGACGUCUCUGCAGCGCUGCCUACUUGGCCUCGGAGGCCCCGGCUGAGAGAGAGCUGGCGAACAUGCAAACUUCACGAAUGGCCUCGUCGCAGAACUGUCGUGCCGCCGAGGAACUCGUUGGCAGUCUUCGACUUAUAAUGCGUCUGCUCGUCGAGAUGGCGGCAUCGUCGCUGAGCCCAACGGCAACGGCGCCAGACGACGUUGAACUGCUGAGGACGGUAGCGACGUGUCUCCGUAAUGUGCCGGACAGCCGCCCAUCCCAGCCUCCGGGCGAGCCAAGAGCGCCAUCUGCGCUACCAGCUGAGGAGGUGCUCACUGCAGUACUAGCUCUUGAGGUGCAGUGCGCACUGCACAUGCGUUCUCUGAGUAAAGCCCAGCAGCAGCUGCUCAGCAGCAGCCGCUCCGCCACGGCCGCCUCCCACUCCAAGGUUUGUUCACCCAAGACAGCCAAUCCACCGCGGCCGCCGAGCGCAGAGGGUCGGUCCACGCACGAGCCCGACAAGCGCAGCGGUAUCAACACAGCUGUUCCCGGGUAUGUAUGGAAGUAG